AAAUUAAAAUUAAAACAUAAAAAAGAGGAAGGAGGGACAGCCAUCGCCGGACCUCAUCUCGUAGCCGCCGCCGCACCGUACAUCACCACCGCUCGUCUCGCGCCGUUGUUAGCCGCCGCUGCUGGUUUGCUCUGGUCGUUGCGGAAGAAAGAAGGAAGGAGGGAUUAGUCGCAUCUGGUCUCGGACUGGAGUUACCUUGUCAGAAGGACAUCUAUAUAUGAUCGAAAGGCAAAGACCUAAAUCACGGUAAAGACACACCAAACAGAGAGCGGGUACUGGCGGCAGCUUAGAGUCUUACAAAAGAAUGGAAGGAGACAAGAGAAAUGACACCGUACGACUAACUGCCAUCAUCUUCAACAUGCAAUAACAGCAACAGAAACAGAGAGCAAGCAGAAAAGCAGAGCAAUUACGGCGACGACGAUCAGUUGACAGAGAACAAUUCAGAGUUUUCAGAUAUGCUAUCAGAUACUCCCACUAACUUGGACAAUGUGUCCGAGAGAAGGCGCGUCCGCGAAGCAUUCAAAGAGAUUCAGCACCAGAUUGACCAUUGCCUCAUGAAGACUGUUCUGAAUCUCUCUGGGGUUUCUUUUGGGUUCACAGAUCCCGUACGAAGGGCUGAAGAUAGAGGAGAAGGAAAAAAAAUUGUGCAGUCUAUUGAAGUGAACAGCAGGGGACUGGAGAUAUUCUCCAAAAGCUGGCUUCCAGGGGGAAACUCUGCCACACCAAAAGCACUCGUCUUCUACUGCCACGGCUACGGCGAAACCUGCACCUUCGUCUUCGAAGGAGUCGCCAGGAAGCUAGCGCUCUCCGGGUACGGCGUAUUCGCUCUCGACUACCCGGGUUUCGGCCUCUCCCAAGGACUCCAUGGCUACAUCCCCAGCCUCGACUUGCUCACCUCCGACGUCGCCGAGCAUUUCUCCAAAGUCAGAGAUAAGCCGGAGCACCGCGGGCUCCGAAGCUACUUGUUUGGGCAGUCACUGGGAGGAGCUGUUGCCCUGAAGGUGCACCUGAAGCAGCCUAAUGAUUGGGAUGGUGCCAUUCUUGUUGCCCCAAUGGUCAAAUUUGCAGAGAACAUGGUUCCCAAUUGGAUACUGCUCAAGAUCCUAAUCGGAGUAGCUCACCUCUUCCCCAAGCUGAAAAUAGUCCCACACCAGAACUUUGUCAAGAUGGCAUUCAGAGACCCCAAAAAGCGAGAUCUGGCAGCUUACAAUGUGAUUGCUUACAAGGACACGGCCAGGCUGUGGACGGCGCUGGAGUGCCUGCGGACAACCCAGGAGCUGGAACGUUGCUUACACAAAGUUGCUCUGCCGCUCCUGAUACUGCACGGAGAGGCCGAUGUGGUGACGGAUCCGUCGGUGAGCAAGGCAUUGUACGAGAAAGCAAGUUGCCAAGACAAGAAGCUGAGGCUUUACGGAGAUGCUUACCAUUCUCUACUGGAAGGGGAGACCGACGAGGUCAUCUCCACGGUUGUGGGCGACAUUAUCUCUUGGCUUGAUCAUCGCCAUGCUGUAGAAUUCAGCAAACCUUAAAUAACUGUCGGCUCGUGCGUGCUACUGUGGCAUCGAGUUGCUGAUUGAUUGAUUCGUUCAAUCCCCUGCCUAUCCUCCAUCAUCAUCAUCAUGGGACUCUGCUCCACCUAUUCAAUGUUCUGGGGCCAAGGAAAUUAAACAAAAUAAUGUGGAUGUUGGCAUUCAUGGCAUUCAAUGUAGUACUUUGUAAUAAUUUGGUGCCCAUUUCCCAUGUUUAUGACUUGUGGGUGGGCUGAAAUGGUUGGUUAUGUGUAUUUUGCAAUUUGCAUGUAAGUUUAGUUUUCUGCUCUGUCUCUAUGUGUUUGUUAGAAUGGAAAUCCAGAUUUUAUAUAGGAGAGGUUCUGUUGGAUUUUUAC